AUGCUCCCCUCCCCCUCCGCCAUCCACGCCGCCCACUCCCUAAUCCACCCGUACAUCCACCAUACCCCCCUCCUAACCUCCCGCACCCUCAACACCAUCGCCUCAACCCCUCAAUCCGCAGAGUCACUGGUGGGGACGCCCUUCGAAGGCCAGACUCCAGCCCACCCACGCCUGCGCUUCUUCUUCAAAUGCGAGAAUUACCAACGCAUCGGCGCGUUCAAGGCGCGCGGGGCAUUUCAUGCAUUACUGCGGCUCGUGGAGGAGCGCGGGGAGGACGAGAUUAAGAGGAGGGGUGUUAUUACACAUAGUUCUGGAAACCACGCCCAAGCCCUCGCCCUCGCCGCAUCCACGCUAAACAUCCCCGCCUACAUCGUGAUGCCGAGUAUCAGCACGCCAUCCAAGAUCGCGGGGACGCAAUCGCACGGCGCGGAGGUCGUUUUCAGCGGCUCGACCAGCGUCGAGCGCGAAGCUGUCGUGGCCGAUAUCCAAGGCAGAACGAAUGCGAUUCUCGUGCCGCCGUAUGACGACUAUAAUAUCAUCUGUGGACAGGGGACGACAGGUCUUGAGCUCGAGGAGCAGUAUAGGGAUAGUGUGCGGGAGAAGCCGGAACUCAGUGCUCAUGGGGGCACUGGUGGUGGUCUCGAUGCCGUGAUCACACCUAUUGGCGGCGGAGGAUUGAAUGCUGGCGUAGCGACGUUCUUUUCGGACAAAUCGACGCGGGUUUUUGGCGCUGAGCCUAACUUUGAAGGCGCGGAUGAUUGUCGGCGUGGGUUGGAGGCUGGGGAGCGGGUUCCGGCUGUUAGUACGCUGACGAUAGCUGAUGGACUGCGCACGCCAGUGGGCUUGUUGAACUGGGCUGUUAUUUCGGAUCCGAAGAAGGUAGCCGGUGUCUACGCCGUGACGGAGGAGCAGAUCAAGGCUGCGAUGCGGCUGGUGCUGGAACGCAUGAAGGUGGUUGUUGAGCCGAGCGCGGUUGUGGGAUUAGCUGUCUGUUUGUAUAACGAGGACUUCCGACGACGGGUUGCGACAGAAGCUGGACAAGAAGGCUGGGAUGUAGGGAUUGUGUUCAGUGGUGGAAAUACAACCGUGGAAGCCAUUGGUAAGUUUUACAGUUAG